AUGAGCUCUGUUUCUGCUCUGACAGACAUCGCCUAUUUCAGUUUCUUGUCUUCAGUGCUGCUGAGGUGCUACCUGCUGGAUGGCAUCUCAAAAGGAGCCUGGUUGAAUCGCUCAAGCAUCAUAUUCGCAGGGAAUGACAAGUGGUCUGUUGAUCCACGGGUGUCUAUCGUGUCCAACAUUGGAGAUAAUCAUGAGUACAGCCUUCAGAUACAAAAGGUGGAUGUAACCGACGAUGGCCAGUACACAUGCUCCAUUCAGAGUGAGCGCAACCCACGGCCAAAGCUCCUCAACCUUAUCGUCAAAGUUCCUCCCAAGAUAUAUGACAUUUCUUCAGAUAUCACGGUAAAUGAGGGCAGUAAUGUGUCACUCAUCUGUACUGCCAGUGGGAAACCUGAGCCAACCAUUUCCUGGAGACACAUAACCCCAUUAGCCAGGAAGUAUGACAGCGGUGAAUAUCUUAACAUCACCGGCAUCACCAGGGACCAAGCAGGGGACUACGAAUGCAGCGCUCUAAAUGACAUCGCCUCUCCUGACACCAAAACAGUAAAAGUCACAGUCAAUUUUGCCCCAGCUAUCCAUGACAUGAAAAGUAGUGGAGUGGGCUUGGGACGCACGGCAUUACUAAGGUGCGAGGCGGCUGCUGUGCCUGUUCCUGCAUUUGAGUGGUACAAGGGUGAGAAAAGGAUUAUCAGGGGUCACGGCAUUGAUAUCAAGAACCUCAGCUCCAGAUCUGUCCUCACAGUGACCAACAUGACAGAGGAUCGUUAUGGGAACUACACAUGCGUCGCAUCCAACAUGCUGGGGACAGCCAAUGCCAGUGUGCCUCUCCUCCCAAUUAUUGAACCCACCACCACUAGUGCUGUCUCAAGCCCAGCGCCCAACACUGCACCCUAUGGGAGCACAGGAUGCGCGCACGUCCUGCUGGCCUGCCGAUACCUGGUCCUGGCGCUCUCCUCCAUCAUCAGCGUGUACUAGCAGAGGCCCAAACACAAUGACUGUGACGAGCAUUUAUGAAUCCUUUUUGACACUGCUGAUGGCUGGAAUCCAAUCUGGUACAGUUUGUGGGAAGCCAUGAAGGCCAAAAUAAUCAGCAUUACUUUGUGUGAGGUUUUUUUUUUUAUUCUUGUUUUUUUGGUGGGGGGGGGGAUUUCUGUUAUGUAAAUACAGUACUAUACAACUGUUUUUAUUAUUAUUUCUUGUUCACUCCACUCUGACUUCUACUUCAACCUUUCUAUCAUAUCAAAAGCUCCAAAACCUCCCAAAUGAGUUGCUUUCAUGCCUCCCUCUCUCCUUCUCUCUCUCUCUCUCUCUCUCUCUCUCUCUCUCUGUCUCUCACUUCCUCUGGGAGGCAAAUCUGACAUUUUCAUCUGUUUUGUAAAUGGCUAAAAAGAAGCAAUUGUGCCAACUUUCUCAGUACACAGGAUUACCAUACCAAUGUUGUGUUGAAUGUAUUCUGGGUUGUUAAACAAAGGAAAGACAUUUAGAUUCCUAACAAUUUUGAUUAUGGGGUGUGCUUAAAAAUAUGAAGA